ACGAGGAAAAAAAAAAAAACGGAGCCGAAAUUUCAACCCAGGCCUCACUGCCUGGGUAAUAAUAUUAUGGCCCGUCUAGAUCGCUUUUUACGUCCGAGAGAAAUUUUGAUCUGUGAAGAUUGCUAAUAUGACUAUUAUUUUCUUGUAAUCGACCGGAAAUUAUUCAUAGGUUGACAGCCUUUUGUCAAUUAAGAAAUUUUAAGUGGUUGCGAAUAACCAAUUUACAAAACAGUACCUCCCUUAAUAAUAGAAACCCUUGCUAUAAAUUGCUCUGUGUACCUAAGUUAGUUACGUCUUUCUGUGAUCUUCCGAGAAAUUAAAACAGUUUUGUUUUGCCAAAUUAAAAUCAUGAAUCAAUGACUCAAUGACUGGAAACCCAAUUCUUCUCUGUGUGCCUAGGUUAGUCAAGUAGUUUCUUUUUUUAUCGAUUGGCCUUAUUGCAAUGAAAACAAAAUUGAUGAAAAAAAUGAUGAAAAUAUUCACCAGUCGAGACAUUUAAAAAUUUUUAAUAAGUUGAGCAUUUCUGUCAGUCGAGAAAUUUGCAUCGAUAAAGCAGUUUUAGCUGUCAAAUACCGCCAGAGAAAUUCCUGCUCAAUGUAUAGUUACUAACGUCGUUCAUUUUACGAAUUGACGAAAUUCCGACAAUCACAUUCGGACCAUCAUGCAGUUUCAGCUUUGGAACACGAUAAUGUAAAAAUUCAAACGCGCCAAAUAGAACACGACUGCAGAACUGUCAUAAAAAGGCCUCAUAAAUACCACAACUGCUAUUUAAUUUUUAUUUGUUUUGUUUUGUUUUGUUUUGUUUGUUUUUUUAACGUUUGAGUCAUCAGGCAUUUAGAGUGAUCUUUUCAUGCAGGUAAACAUACAGGUAAACGCAACUUUAUUUCUACGGUAAGGUCUACCGUCCACACUAUAUCCGUCGCGAAAACGGAGCUUUUCGAAAACGCUCAUCAAACCAAAGGAAUUUGAAAACGCCGGCUUUUCAUUUUCGUGUUGAUGAUGGCGUCGCGAUAAUCAUGUAGUUUUCCUGAACGAGAUUUCCUCAAACACAAAUCCAAAAUAACCGGGGAUUGUUGCGUUUUUUAUUUCCUCCGGCUUAAUAUGGACGGAAGCCACUUGACAAACACGUGAGUGGUCAAAAAUUGUUGUCUGUUUUACUCAAAGUUUAUAAACUGGUCUAAACUACUGUUGCCAGCGCGUAGUAAUAUUUCUUUUUAUCCUGGUAUUCUCCUACUUGUAAACAAAUUAUUGCGCAAAGAGAAAACUACGAAGCUUAAACGUUUUAUCUUUGCUUUGGUUCAGUCACCUUAGCGACUCGUAUGGUACAAUCAGUUUCACUCAACAGCUAGGACAUAAAAUGCGCUUUGUCAACAAUUGUAAACUAAUUUUGCUUUCUUUUUAAAUUUGCAAUAUCAGGUGCUUAGUAGCUACGGCACAUUAUAAUCGAUGUCCCUAAAGCGCGCGUUACCGCGAGAGAAGUACCUAUCUCUUCAGAGACAACUACAAAGGAGUGGGGAAUUAUAUGAAGACAGAGAUUUCCCGCCAAAUUUCCGCAGCCUCUUCACCAAGACGAGGCCAUCUGUAAACCUGCAAUGGAAAAGACCAAAGGACAUCUGCAAAACAACGCCCAAGUUCUUCACCAAAGGAGUCAGCCGGACAGACAUCGCUCAAGGACGAAUGCUGAACUGCUGGUUUGUGGCUGCGGUGGCAUCGUUGACAGACGCUAAGGAGUUGUUCGACGCGGUGUGCCCCGCCGAUCAAAGCUUCGAUGAACCCACGUACUGCGGAAUGUUCAGAUUUAACUUUUGGCGGUUUGGUGAAUGGGUGGAGGUUAUUAUUGAUGAUUUCCUUCCCACUCACAAUGGUAAGCUGUAUUACGCUCACUCAAGUGACCCGGAGGAAUUCUGGAGCGCGUUGUUAGAGAAGGCUUAUGCAAAAGUUUGUGGAUCUUACGAAGCCAUGGGCUUAGGACGAAUAAGUGAAGCUCUACAAGAUUUCACUGGAGGCGUUAUCGAGAUGAUCAACUUACAAACGCCUCCAUCUGAAGGCUCACUAGAUGUGUAUAAAGUGUUACAAAAGGCGCACGAGCGAAACUCGCUAAUGGGUGCCUCAAUAGAGACGAGUGCACAGACCAUUCAGAAAACAUUACCAAAUGGACUUAUAACGGGACACGCUUAUUCGAUUACAGGCUUUGCCAAGGUUAAUUCACCUACUUUGCGCGGACUAAAGCUAAUUCGCCUCCGUAAUCCUCAUGGAAAUAGCUCAGAAUGGAAGGGAGCUUGGAGUGACAGGUCUGAGGAGUGGUAUCAAUUAUCAACAGAGGAAAGGAAAAGACUAAACCUUGUGUUUGACGAUGACGGAGAAUUUUGGAUGACAAUGGAAGACUUUCAGGCGAAUUUCACACGGAUAGAGAUAUGCAUGCUUACACCAGAUAGUGUUCUGGAGGAGAACGAGAAGAAAUCAUGGAAAAUAAGACGAGAGAAAGGCCGGUGGCAGGCUGAUGCCACAGCUGGUGGCUGUAGGAACUUUAUUGACACUUUCCACAUCAAUCCUCAAAUAAGGGUUCAGUUACAAGACUCUGACGAGGACGAUGACGAAGACCGCUGUUCAAUUGUAGUGUCACUCAUGCGCAUUGAUCGAAAGAGAACCCCAGCUAACGAAAGACCUCCUAUUGGGUUUGCCAUCUAUAAGAUACCAGAAGACCUGCGUGACACCAAGGAGCGUUUUGACAGACGGUUUUUCGAGACUACCAAGGCAACAGCCAUGACAAACUCCUUUACUAAACUAAGAGAGAUCAGCUCUAGAUACUCACUGCCACCAGGAGAGUACGUCUUAGUCCCGUCCACGUUUCACCCACGGCAAGAAGCUGAGUUCCUUUUAAGAAUAUUCUCGGAGAAACCGUAUGAGGCACGUGAAAUUGACGUGGAAACAGAAAUAGUAACCGUACCGAAGCCUUCAGUUUCGUCAGAGGAGGCCGUGGACAUCGACAAGCAGUUUUGGAAAACAUUUCAGAAAUUUUCAGGAGAGGAUGGAGAAAUUGAUCAAUAUGAACUACAGGAAAUAUUGACCCUGGCGUUUGCAAAUUUGGUAAAUUCUAACUCGUUUAGUCUGGAAGCUUGCAGGAGCAUGAUUGCUAUGUUUGAUAUAGACAAAACUGGAGCACUGGGAUACAAAGAGUUCAGGGCGCUGUGGAUGAUACUACGCCAAUGGAAGGAAGUCUUCCACCGUUUUGACAAAGAUCAAAGUGGAGAUAUGAACCUGUUUGAGCUUCGCGAUGCUCUCAGUGCGUUAGGUUAUCGACUCAGCAACACAGCUCUUAGCUCCAUUCAUCUACGGUAUCACAACAAGAAAGGCACCAUCGCAUUCGACAUAUUUAUACAGAUUUUAGUGCGGGUCAUAGUCAUGUUCGAUGCUUUCAGGAAUCACGUAACGAAACGCGGCCCACGAGCAAACAAGGCAGUAUUCACAAUUGAUGAUUUCAUCGAGUCUGCUUUGACGGUAUGACGACAAGAGUAAAGUGACAGCAACACAAUGAAAUAGUUUAUAAAAGAAACAGUACGUAACUGAAUGCAACGGAAGGAGAAUAGUGCGAGUCUGCAUGAGCAGAUGCAACUGAGAAAAUCGGAAACUCGCGUGCGGUGGAUUAAAAAAGAAAACCGCCAAAAGUGUUAACUAGGAAAAUGUCUAUAUAUUUUUUGUUGCUCUCGUGAAAAACUAGCAACAGACACAUUUCGAAUAACUUGCAAGAGCUUUUAAACUUCUGUAUUUAAAAAUACGAAAUAUCACUUAGUUUUCUAGCUUGGCUCAUGUGCUUUGUGUGGAAAAGUGUUUAAGUCAUUUUGGAGUUAACCAGUUCUAUUUUAAGAAAGAAUGGUGUAAAAAAUUAAUAUCGACAAUAAUUUGAGAUAUUCCUUGUCAUUCAUUUUAGAAUGUAUGUAAACUUAUCUUGUUGAUUACGCUAACUUGGUUCGUUAUGCAGUCUACCUCUCAGAGCCUCUCGUCUCGGAAGGGGAAGGGAGAAGUGGGGGGGGGGGNGGGGGGGUGGUAUUCCUUUAUAUGAGCUAUAUAGGUAUAUGCGGCCCCAAAGGGGUAUGGUUUAUUAGCCGUUUCGGUCAUAAAUAGGGUAUCGGUUUUGGCCAUUUUGGUCUUAAAUAGCGUAUGGUUCUUGCACUACAGUCAAGAAUUGGUUAAGGGUUAGGUCUUAAACAGGGUAGCAAAUGUUUCUGAGUAUCCCCGGGGGGUUGUCAUAUUCUCUCUGGGUAAUGAGAAUUUGAAACGUUGUGUCCACCCUCCAAACGACAACCUCUCAUUAAGCCCACCGCUUUUGAAAAUGUUUGACCUCACACUUCUGUAGUCGUGUUCUUAAAGGUCUCUCUAUUUAACAUCAUGUUUAUUCUUCCGACGCGCCAAAGAAACUUGAAAGACUUCAAGUUUGGUGUCUUAUAAAAUCAAGACGUCUAACUGUCUACUUUCGAGCCAGCCACGACGAAUCGCUGAAAUUAAAAGAGAAAAAAUACAACUGUACAGUUAAUAUUUCGGUCUGAAGUGAAAUAAUCACCAUACCAAAUAUUCAAUCAGAAAUUGAAACAAUUGGUUUUUGUGAACAUUUUGCUCCACAGAUAACAGUCUUGGUUGGGUUGAAACUGACUUUUCUUAGCACAAGCCCAACAAGGAGAGCAAUAUUGCCGCGGUUCUGGCCCUCUCUCUGUCACGCAACGCCGAGAGUUGCGUUGCGUGACAUAGCUGGAACGGGACAAAAAAAGACUCUCUGAUAUGAGACAAUAAGACGAUUAGUGAACGUGAACAACAAUAACAAUUAUUGACUUUCAAUUUUAUACAUUUACCUAAACACAAGAUCGACAAAAUUACAUUGCAUACCUACACUUUUAAGUCCAAUUUAAUUUGAAUGUGAGGCACUGUCAGCUCGAAAUUCGAAAUUAAUUAAUAUACCAUAUGAUUUGUAUUACAGACAAAAACAAAAAUAACAAAUAGUAUAUAACUACAACUCAAAGUGGAGGGAGAAUUGUCUCCCCUUGUCUGUCCUACUAAGGUGACAAUCUCGUGCCCAGCUCUAACUCUGGCGCGUUUGGUCACUGCUGACCAAAAACGCGCAGGCUCUGCAAACGAGAUUUUCUGAAGUGAGUAAAGUUAAUCCAUGAUAGUGCUUUUCAGUUGCCUUGAAAGGAUCAAUUUUUAAAUCUAGAUUUUCCCCUUUCACUGUCAUGAUCUGCAUAAUAGAAAAAGUGUUCAACGCUGCUGGUGUGAAUCUUGUGAAUCUGUAAACUAUGCAAUAUGUUUACAGAACUUCAACCUUAAUUAUUUGAUUGCUGUGGACCUUGAAGGAAAAGACUGCGAAUUAAGGAGAACCUUUCACAGACUCCAUUAAAUAUAACAAAAAACAAUACUUCAUCAAUCAAGAUAUGACAUUUCCAAAUACUGGCAUAUGAGCAUGCUCUGCCUUGCUUUCUUAAUGACAAUAAAAAAAUCCUAGUGAAUAGUAAAUUAUAUACUUCAUCAAUGAAAGCAGCCAGUCUUUUGUUAAUCAGCAUCAUAAAGAUUUGCAACGCCAAUACUUUUCUUCUUACUGCUAUUUACAGUGUAAAGCGACGCACAACUUCAUCUAAUCGCUUUUCCCUACUCUUUGAACUCUUUACUGAGCUGACUAUGAAUUUACAUAUAUAAUUAAGAGCAAAAUGAAAUUACAACAGUUUACAAAAGCCUGGGUGCUUUCAAGGAAACAUCUGGGCAGUUCAUUUCUUUAUGGGAUUUUAAAGGGGCUAUGUCAUAGAUGGCAUAUGCCAAUCACUUAACCUCCAAUCAGUCAUCUUCGUUCAUAACCAUCCCUGUUUCAUCUCAGUUUAUCAAUAGCAUGGUGUUUCUCUACCUUUGUAAGCUAAUAUUCUCAGGUUUCUUUUGAUUUGAAGACAGCUGUACACAUUGC